CCAAAGAACUGCUGUUUCCUGAUGCUGGAGAACCACAGUGCCUGUAAAUCAGGAAAUUCAUCAAAGCACAGUCAUAACAUUUCCGUAAACAAAAAACAAUCUUUCCAACGUCUACCAGGACUGAAUCUAAUCAUCCUGAGUCUGAGAACUGUUGCCGCAACCCAGCACAGGAGACCAGGCACUUCUGGAAGAAGUAAACAAAUCAUAUUCUGCGAAAUGAGAGCUCAGAGACGUGCUUCUGAGUCACACUCCCAGUUAUUUCUCUGAACUCUCUGAGAAAAAAUAGCUGUCAGAGUGAGAAGGACUUCUCCACUGGGCUUAAUUUAACACGGUCACAGCAGGUUAUCUAACAAAGUGCGAGCAGCCGUGUGGGUCAGAACCUGGAGCAGAAGAUCAAGGCUGGGUGAGAGGGUGUGAAGUGGGACAGUCGCAUGCGCCUCCUUGACCAUGAGAGGUCGAUGAAUUGGGGCUGUGGGAGAAGGGGUCAGCAACACAUUCUUCUGGCUGUCUGCAGCUAAACACACCAAAAUAACCCCCACCAAGGGACUCUGCCCAUCAUGUGCAGCCUGUGAGGAGCUGGACACACUUGAAGGGCACUACAGUGCAGUGAAAGGAUCAGAUGAGAGGCAAGCGCUAGACCUUGAUAUCCACAGAGAUGACACUGGACACUGGCUCAGAUCACAACAAAGGAUUUCCCUGCACCAUGAUACAGAGGGUAACCCUGACCCUACUCUUCUGGGGUAGCUGUGUCUUGCUCAUUCCUAACUGCGAAGGCCAAGACACAUUUCAAACUCCUGCUGUGAACUGCUCGUGUGAACUUGGCCACGGGAAGUGUGCGGAAGAUGGUGAAUGCAGAUGCGACCCUGGAUGGGGAGGGCCUUUCUGCGCCGACUGUGCGCGAAUGCCAGGCUGCGUUCAUGGCUCCUGCCACCAGCCCUGGCAGUGCACCUGCGAGGACGGCUGGACCGGCCGCUUCUGUGACAAAGAUGUUCAUGUAUGUGAAAAAGAACAGCCGUGUCAGAACGGGGCCACCUGUUCUUUAAACGAAGCGGGAGAAUACAACUGUCUGUGUCCUGAAGGCUUUCAUGGGAAAAACUGCGAGUUAAAGACUGGGCCGUGCCAUAAAACCAAGUCCCCUUGUAAGAACGGUGGUCUGUGCGAAGAUAUGGGCGGCUACGCACCAGAACUCUCCUGCCGAUGCCUGGCUGGUUUCACGGGGCCUCGCUGCGAGACCAACAUGGAUGACUGCCUAAUGCGUCCCUGCGCCAAUGGUGCCACCUGUCUGGACGGAGUGAACCGCUUUUCGUGCCUGUGCCCCGCUGGUUUCACAGGCCGCUUCUGCACCAUCAACUUGGAUGACUGUGCCAGUCAGCCCUGCCUCAAUGGAGGCCGCUGUAUAGACCGCAUCACUGCGUUCCACUGCUUGUGUCCCCCUGGUUACACAGGCCGAACUUGUGAAGUUCCAUUGUGGGAUAAGGGGCCCCAAACGCAAGCCCCACAUAGGAACUUUGGAUGGGGAGGAGGAGGAGGUGGAGUCAACAGGGUCACCCAGAAUAAGCCUAAUAUUCCCACUUCAGCAAACAACUCACAGGGAUUUACAGCCGGUGGGGGCGAGGGGCGUCUGCUGAAGAUCUCCGUGAAGGAGGUGGUGACGCAGAAUGCAGCGGCAGGACUCACAGAAGAGCAGCUCAUAACCCUGCUAGUACUGGGGGGCUUGACUCUGGCUGUGGUGGCACUUACAGCUGGGCUGGUGCUACGAGGACACUGGCAGGCCUUCUGUGCCUGCAGCCGGUGUAGAACACCAGCCUCCCAACAAAACUCAUUCCAGCAAUGCUGCACGCAGCAGCGCCACCUAGUUUCCCCUCAGCAGGACUGCAAGAUCAGCUUUCUCCACUCCCCUGCUCCUCCCCGUGAGCUGGAGAAGAAGAGACUAAACACUGAGGUCAUAUGAAGCCACUCUUUUUACAUGAGUGCUAGGAUACAAGACAAAGACUGCUUGAUUUCUCUCACCGAAGACGAAUAUCAAGCUCAAGAAGAACUCCGUCAUCCCUACCAUAUACAAGUGUACAGUAUAUGGACCAAAAGGAAAACGCGUCUGUUUCUGACCAGAAUGACCUGCCGUGUAGGCCGUCAAUCAUGGGUGAAGGAGCAGAUUUGGGGCAGUAUCAGGAACACUUUCUGAGUGACCAUGAAUAAGAAACACGCCUCAGAAAAGGGGAGUAGCAUUUGGGUGACCAUCAUUGACUAAGCGAGUAGUGUGGAGCAUAUAGCACUGAAAAGUUCCACUUUUUUUUUUCUUUUUUUUUUAAAGACGAUUUUCUACAUCAUUUAAUGCUUAAGAUUUAAACAAAGUCAUUCACAGUGGUUUGAUGUGAAACGCUCCAUCCUAGAAAAAGAAUGGUGGCAAUAGGAACCAGACAUCUGAAGAGUUAAAAUGCCACUAAAAGCUACCUCACAAAAUCAGUUGGUUAUGAAUAGUUAUGAUGUCUAAGACACUGUUUUAAGCUUUCUUAGGUUCUCUUGUCAUUCUGGAUAGUAAAUAAAAUGGCUAUAUUUGAGUUCUAGACAUCAUGACCCCUGGUUCCUAUCACAACCACUCUAAAGAAAAUCUGAGUCUGUAACUGUCUGUACAAUGAGCCAACUCACAUUAAACCACUCUGAAUGACUGUGUCUACCUCUCAACAAGCAAAUUAUGCAGAAAAUCAGUGGAAUUCCACACAGAUGUGUGUGGGAACACAGGACCUCUAGGAGCUUUUGUUAUGAGGUAUGUACUAAAAUGGACCUGGGACUGCAAUAUAUCACAGUAUCAUAAUAUUCAGAUUUAUACAGAAAGACUUAGUAAUUUGUGUUUAAAAAACAGUUUAAAUCCACAUAGUUAAGAUGAUUCUUCUAAUCUUUAACAGCUGUAUUUCUCAUAAAGAGAUAGUGAAGAGUUAAUGGAGAAUCUUCACAAUCUCCAAAAUGUAGAAUAUGCCCAUUUGGAGAUGACUGCAAUAUAGACGAUAAUAGAAUAUUUGUGAUGUUUUAUAUAAGUGCAAAAGUGGUUUUUGUACAAAUGUUGUAAGACCUACUUUCAUUGCCAUAGUUAAUGUGGUAAAUUGUUAAUCAGUACUAUUUUUAAGAUGAAAACAGCACAAAAAAGCUUGUGAAAAUGUUCACUGAUGCAGUGAUUAACAGUAUUUAAAUGUAAAUCUAAUUUAUUUGCUGUAAUUUAUUGGUGUAAUAAGUACUGGAGCUCUGCAAUGUGUAUUUUUGAUACAAAGUUGAGUGUAUUAAAUGUAUUAACUGAGGAAUAAUUCUGUUCAAAGUAAAAUAUCAGAAAUAUAUGGAAGAAAAUGCAGAAUAUGUGACUAGUGGUGGCAUUUCAUAACAAUAAAACACUACAUGGGCCCUGUUUCCCAAAAGCAUUGUAAGUGUUAAGAUCUUCUUAACUGGUAAGAGAGAGUGUUCAGUGUGAUGCUCACUCUAUUAUUUAAGAAUCAUCUUUAUACUGAGAUGAUUUUGGGAGAAGGAGUCCAGGUUAAUAGUCACACUGUCCUUUACUUUGUUACCACAGCCAUAAUGAGAGUUGGAUUUGGAUGGAGUUUCAACACCAAUAGAGCUUGAGUAUAUGGACAAAAGGGACCUCCUCUAAUGCACCAGCAGACUUGCAUUUAAUGGGGAAUGUCACAGAUUUUUCAACACAUCUGUAGAUUUAAGUGAUUCAAUGGUAAAUAAAAUGGUUAACAGUUA